GCCGGGUUGACAACAGGAUAGUUUGCGGUGCGGGUCUCUCACUCCAAGGCCCAAACGUUGUGUUGGCGAAAAGAAGUAGCCUUAUCCGAUUGCCCGUUUCAAUUUUAUCUUCUCAAGUCUCCAUUUCCUGUUUUCCAUCUUCGAAUAUCAACUGUCUGUCACAGGAGCCGUUCCCAUAGCUUCUACUUGUUACGGUUACCGCCAUGGCUACCCUGACGACGAGCUCAACAGCGCGAAUACUUCAUAAUCACGAGAAAUUCACAGUAACAAGACGCGCUGGCGGUUGUGCCUUCUACCGACCUCCAUGUCCGGCGCGCAAAACUCCAAGAAUCGUUUGCAUGGCAGAACCUUUCUUGAUAGCAAAGCUUCAAUCUGCUGAGAAGACAUGGAAGGACUUAUCGGUCAAGCUUGCCGACCCAGACGUUGUUUCAAAUCCUAGCGAGUACCAAAAAUUGGCACAGUCAGUGGCAGAGCUUGAUGAUGUUGUGUCGACAUUCAGGAGGUUCAAGGAUUGCGAGAAUCAGUUAGAAGAGACGAAAGCUCUUGCAAAAGAGGUUGGAGAUGACAACGAUAUGGCAGAGAUGAUAGCAUCUGAAACUGAGUCUUUAUCUAGGGAACUCAAAGAGCUCGAGGAAAAGCUUAAGUUAAUGCUUCUUCCUAGCGAUCCGCUCGAUGCAAGAAAUAUAAUGCUUGAAGUAAGGGCUGGGACCGGUGGUGAUGAAGCUGGGAUUUGGGCUGGUGAUCUUGUAGGUUCGCAUGUAUGAAAAGUAUAGUGAGCAGAACUCAUGGAGGUUCUCAGCUGUGUCGAGCUCUGAGGCUGAAAAAGGCGGAUUCAAAACCUAUGUGAUGGAGAUCAAGGGAAAGCGUGUUUAUAGCAAAUUAAAGUAUGAAUCUGGUGUCCAUCGAGUUCAACGUGUUCCUCAAACCGAAACACAAGGUCGAGUCCACACAUCCACCGCAACAGUAGCAAUCAUGCCUGAGGUGGAUGAAGUUGAGGUGGUGAUUGAUCCAAAAGAUAUUGAGCUUUCGACAGCAAGAUCUGGUGGCUCUGGAGGGCAAAAUGUCAACAAGGUGGAGACAGCUGUAGAUCUUGUUCACAAACCAACAGGAAUCCGCAUCUUUUGUACCGAAGAACGGUCACAAAUGCAGAAUAAACACCGAGCCUUCCAGCUUCUGCGUGCAAAACUCUACGAGAUUCAAUUGAGGGAGCAGCAAGAGAAGAUUAGGAGUCAGAGAAAAUUACAGGUUGGUACUGGUGCUCGUGCUGAGAAGAUUCGCACAUACAACUACAAGGACAAUCGGGUAACUGAUCACCGGUUAAAGAUGAACUAUGAGCUGACUUCUUUCCUUAACGGAGCAAUAGAGGAUGCAGUACAGGCUUGUGCAGCUAUGGAGCAGAAGGAGCUGCUGGAGGAACUGGCAGAGUCGGUAGCCUCACCUGUUAGCUGAUUCAUGCUAGCUGUGAAAGGAAUGUACAGGACACAGGAGCUUAGUCCUGACCACUUUGCUUUCAUACUCUGCCAUUUGCUUUCUGAACUGUACACGUAAAGAGUUGAAAUUUUAUGGGGGGUUUGAGGAAUAGAUUGCAAGAGGUGAAAAAUAUGGUUUCUUCUCUCCCGGAUGUUGAAAUUUGUAGUUACUAGGAUUAUGUAUGGCACGAUGCAAUGAUGAAUUUCACCAAACGGAUGGAGCAAUGGUCAACAAACGCAUCAUUUAUAGUUCAUUGACAGUGAAAAUGUAUCAACAAUUCAAUAUGUUUUACGCAAUAUUUUAAUGAAAUUGUAUAGAUAAGCGGAAAAUUGAAUUGAAGAGUUUCCAAUGCAG